UAGUUCAUUUAAAAAAAAAAAAGUUAAGAAGAGUUUCGCGUGAUAGCGGUGCGUUGUUGGUUAUUUUUCAAUAUUAUAAUUUAUAUUAGGUAUAUAAAUUAGUGACAGAAAAGCAUUUAAAAAUGGUAUCACUAAAUCCUAUCAGAAUAUUGAAGAAUGAGGCUGAAGAAGAAAAAGCCGAGGUUGCCCGUAUGUCCAGCUUUAUCGGGGCAAUCGCAAUUGGAGACUUAGUCAAAAGUACCCUUGGUCCGAAAGGAAUGGACAAAAUUUUAGUAUCUUAUGGGCGAAAUGCUGGACAGGUUGAAGUAACAAAUGAUGGUGCUACUAUUUUGAAGUCUGUGGGCGUAGACAAUCCCGCAGCUAAAAUUUUAGUAGAUAUGUCGAAGGUUCAAGAUGAUGAAGUAGGAGAUGGAACCACAUCAGUUACGGUUUUGGCUGCUGAACUUCUACGCGAGGCAGAAAAAUUGAUAGAGCAAAAGCUCCAUCCUCAAACAAUAAUUGCUGGAUGGCGCAUAGCUGUUGAAGCCGCUAAGCAAGCCUUGGCUGAUGCUAGCUUUGAUCACCAGAAGAAUUUCAAUGAAGCAGCACUCAGGGUAGACUUGGAAAAUAUUGCUCGCACAACUUUAAGUUCCAAAAUUCUGUCCAAUCACAAAGAACAUUUCACAAAAUUAGCUGUAGAUGCAGUUCUCAGGCUCAAAGGUUCAGGCAAUUUGAAGGCUAUCCAGAUUAUCAAGAUCUCAGGUGGUGUUCUUGAAGAAUCAUUUUUGGAUGAAGGGUUCCUUUUAAAUAAAAAGGUGGGAGUACAUCAACCCAAACGGAUUGAAAAUGCUAACAUUCUGAUUGCAAACACACCCAUGGACACUGACAAAAUUAAAGUUUUUGGUUCAACAAUCAAAGUGGAUUCAAUGGCCAAAAUUGCAGAACUUGAAGUAGCUGAGAAAGAGAAAAUGAAGGACAAAGUCAACAAAAUUUUAGCUCACAAGUGCAAUGUGUUCAUUAACAGACAACUUAUCUACAAUUACCCAGAACAAUUAUUUGCUGAUGCUGGUGUUAUGGCUAUCGAACACGCAGACUUUGAUGGCAUUGAACGUCUCGCGCUUGUAACUGGUGGAGAAAUUGUAUCUACAUUUGAUUCACCCGACAAAGUCAAGCUGGGACACUGCAAAGUUAUUGAACAGGUGCUAAUCGGAGAUGAGUGCCUCAUCCGUUUCUCUGGCGUGGAGCUGGGCGCGGCGUGCACGAUCGUGAUCCGCGGCGCCACGCAGCAGGUCAUCGACGAGGCGGAGCGCUCGCUGCACGACGCGCUGUGCGUCCUCGCUGCUACUGUCAAGGAGCCUAAAGUUAUCUUUGGAGGAGGUUCCAGCGAGAUGUUGAUGGCGGAAGCGGUAUCUCGCGCCGCGGCCCGCACGGCCGGCAAGGAGGCGGCCGCCGCUGAGGCGUUCGCGGUGGCUCUCCGCCGCCUGCCCGCCGCCGUCGCUGACAACGCGGGCUACGACAGCGCCGACCUCAUCGCCAGACUGCGGGCGAAUCACGCGCAAGGCGAGAACACCAUGGGACUCGACAUGGAGAACGGCCGUGUAGGUGACAUGAAGAAACUCGGUAUCACAGAGUCCUACGUGGUCAAGCGUCAAGUAUUACUGUCAGCGGCUGAAGCGGCCGAAGUUAUUCUUCGCGUGGACAACAUCUUAAAAGCAGCGCCUCGUCGUCGUGGCCCUGAUCGUCGUCCUUGCUAAAUAUUUUAAUGAUUUUGUAAGAGAACCGUAAAUUGAUGAGCUUGUAACGUAAUGUGAAAGUAUUUGGUGCGAAAGUAUAGGAGAUAUCACGCAUGGUUCUCAAAGUUUUAAUAUACUAAUUCGUUUUUCACCUAUUAUUAAUUGAACUGUGCAGUGUUCUCUUACAUUUUUACUACUGCAAAUGUUGCUUAUGUGUCUCUCGUUUAAAAUGUAUUAAUUAAAGGUAUAAUUCUUUUAUACUGUAACAAUCAUGAUAGGUUCCCUUCUAGUGAAGCUAGCUGGCAUUUUAAGUUAGAAGAUAUUAUUUUAUUUCACAAUAAUUAAUUUAGCUUCUAUGUUUGGCUGAUGUUGCCUUAUGUAUUUACUUAAUAAUAAAAAAUUCACAAACA